AUGGAUCCUAGUGCAGCAGCCGCGCUUCUAAGAAAAUUUCUAGAAGCCGGUCUUUCCAUGGUGACCCUCCUCGAUAUGCAACUGCUCAUCCAAUACCUUUUCAAGCCCAUGACUUCGUGGGACUUGGCCAGCGAUCGAGGGGGAGUGGAAAGGUCUUGUCGCCUCCUCGGUAAGCAGCCAAGCCCAAGCAAGUUUCCAGGCCCGUGUUUUCCUUGUAGCGACAAGAAAGCGAAAAAGAAAAAAGAGGACCCUGCGAACCCCCGUCAGCUUCAGGGCACCCCAGGUCGCGCCCCAGAGUCGCCAAUAAACACCCGGACACUCUACGUCAUUUGGAUCAUCCUUUUCGCCUUUUAG